AUGGCCUACUAUCAUCAGCCUAGGCAACAAUCUCGUCCAUACCGUUACGAUGACGACUUUGGAGCUCCCGAGCCAGGGAGACCUUAUAACCCUUAUGACGAGAGAGAUGCAGCACCACCCCGCAGGGUUCGAAGGGAACCUGCGACCGAUGCGACGUCUGGAUCACCACCCCGCCGUUAUAAGUCUGAAAGAGGCCGCCGCCCACGAAGCCCAGGAAGACCAGACCGACGAGAUGAGUCUAUGACAGAUGAUCGUGGACCCGAUACCCGUCAUAGGACUCAUAGAUACGAGUCAGAACGUCGUGGUCGUAGUGCCGGACCAGAUCGAACAUCACGAAACCUUAGUCCUCCCCCAUUCGGUCCUCCACCAGAUUCACCUCGCCGCAAAGCCCGGUCCGCUCGGCCUGACCAUGAGUCUAGCCGCCCUGAGCGCGAGUAUCGGCAGUCUUCAAGAGAGCCAAAACCAGGAAGAGGGCGCGAAUUCCCGAGUCGCAGCAAACGAGGAGGGCGCCCAGAAAGAGAUUAUCGGUAUGAUAACGAUGGUCCAUCAUCGUAUCCUUAUGAUCGUGAUCCCUAUGUUCGAGGACAGCCCCGACGCGGUGAUCCAGAUGGGCCUCGAGAUAGUCGUCGGUCGCGCAAUUGGGCACCAGACUCGGAUUCUCCACCACGUCGCCACGGAAGGUCGGUUCCGCCAGCUGCACGAUCACGGUCACAUGGACGAGGCAGAAGGUCGCGAUACUCAGAUUCUGAAUCAGACUCCGAGAACGAUCGUUACGCAACAGGUGUGGCUGCAGCAGGAGCUGGAGCGGCAGGUGCUGCAGCCGCUGGUGGUCGACGCAGGCCGCGUUCCCAAGGAAGAGACCGGCGUGGAAGAAACUCCGCGCAGUCUCCAAUUCGUGGUCGCCCGCCGGUUACCCAGAAAGGCCGGGACGCUCCCUCUGGACGCCGAAGCUCUAUGCCAGCUUCUACUAAGAAUAAAGCUGCAUGGUGGCAAAACCCUAUGGUUCAGGCUGGCGCACGUACUGCAUUUACUGCCGGCGCCCAGGCAGCAAUGAAGUCCGGAAAGGAAUCUGGCCCUUGGCUAGGACCGAAAGGCGCGAAGGUGGCUACUGCUGCUCUUGGUGCAGCAUUAGUCGAUGGAUUCAUGGGACAGAAGCAUCCCAAUAGUACAAGACAGAAGCUUAUGAGGGAGGGUAUUGAUCUAGCAUCAGCACAAACUGUAAGGGUGCCUGAGCACCGCGGACGUUCAGGUCACAAGUAG